AGAUUUUUUGUUUAAUAUAAACAUUUUAAAGUAUCUAAUUUGAUUUAAGGAAGGCAAAUCUUAUACGAUAUUUAAAAAGCAAUUCUGUUUUUUUUAGCUUCCCAAACCUUUUAAUAUCCACAAUGGGAAAAGAUCAAAAAGCUUAAGUCCCUUUCUCUUUUAUUUAAGUUUAAAUAUUAUUAUUUAUGAAGUGUUUUUAAUGAUUUAUUUGUUUGUUUUGAAAGGUAGUUUUCCUGGUCUUGAGAGUUUUAAAAACAGUUUUUAAUUUAGAUAUAUUUCCAUUAGAUAUAUUUUAAAAUAUUUUAAUUAACUUGGACAUUAUGAGAAAUCCUAUUGUAUUAUAAAAUAUUUCAUUGGAAACUUUAGUAUCUUUAAUUAUGAAUCUACUUUUUUUAAUUUUUGUCUUAAUUUCAAGUAAAGCUUUUUGUAUUUAACUGACUAAUUUGACAUUCUAAAUAACUGUUUUUUGUUUAGACAUGGUAAGAAAUACUUUUGUGUUGAAAAAUAUUUCUUGGAUGCUUUAAUUUCUUCAACACUACAUCUACGUUCUAAAUUUGUCUUUUCUUUACAUUUUCUUGAGUUGCAAAAGCUGUUUUCUUCUCUGUGUAGCUAUUGUUCCAUUUGUGAGACCUGCCAACCACUUCGUAGCCCCCCGGAAUCCACCCCACCUGCACCCCCCGUAAAAGUUGCGUCACAACAAUGUGAACAGGUGGCUGCGACAAUUUGUGUGUGCUGGACUGGCUGGUUGGUGUAUUUAUUUUUAGUAGCCUGGUUCCGAUGAUCCCACUCCACUCCACUCCGUCAUCGAAAGCCAGCGGCACUUCCAACCAUUUUAUGGCCACCCACUUGGCCAGCGUCCUUCAACCGCGCUGGGGGGUCACCACUGGUGACCCCACACACAGCCCCCGUUCUCCAUUUCACAUUUCGCAUUUCCCUUCUCCAUUUGGAACACUCCACUGUGAGCGCUCGUGUUUGACAUUGUCGCCGUUAGCUAAUCUUUUUAGCGUAUGUUGGCAUUUUCCAUGUUUGCGCUUGCCUUCUUGUCGAUGUCGUUGCUUGUUGCUCUUGAAUGAAGGGAAAAGCAUGGGAAAGUGCUGGGGAAAAUCGGGUGGAAAAGCUGAAGAAGAAGCAAAUGCAAACAAGCGGCAUUGACUGCCGUUGGCAGGGGGUGGCUUGGGUGGUAGGGAGGCUUGGUUUGGCUUAGGAGGUCGUCAUAUCGAUUGAGGAACUCGGAACGUAACAGGUCAGCCGCAGUGGAGAAGGGACACAAUGCGUCAGCCCCAGCUUCAGUCCCAUAAAAUGCCAAAAUGUGCAUUUAUGGUUACUGCUUUCUCUGCCUUUAUGAUUCCUUUUGGUAGUCCUUUGUGGAAUAUGACUUGCAAUCGGCACACGCACCCUAAGAACAUACAUAUUUACAUUAGAACGAGCUUGCAAGAGGGCACACAAAAAAUACUCAGUUUUAAUGAAGACAGUCUGAAGGAGCUAAAGGUUUCAGGUUUCAACCUUUGAGGUCUACAGGUGGGAACUUAACAAACAGAAAGAGGGCAGAGGAAUAUAAAGUAAGAUACAGGCACCAAUUAAAAUCAGGGGUGUUUAGCAAGUACCUAUGUAUUUUAUUUACCGGACUAAAAAUAACACAUUCUAUUUCUUAUGUACGCAUAGUUUUAAGUACUUUAGUUAUUAUUGUUCUUUAAUUUUACAUAAGUCUUCUAACCAAGUUUUAUAAAUGUAUGUCUUGUUUACUGUAUGCAUGGUUUUUAUACUUUUAAUAAUAAAUAUGAUGCUUACGCUAAUGACUUUUAAUUGAAUACAUUUUAUUAUUUUAUUACUUUAUUUCUUGUGCUUUAUUGUUUAAUAUUGUUUCCUUAAGUUGAUUAAGACCAAACAUAAAAUGUAUUAAUCCUGCUUUUGUAAACCAAAAAUUGGUUUCAAAUUCUUUUGGCUCAAUAAAUAUAUGUACUUAGUUUUAUAUUUUUUGUUUUCUUAUUUUUGCAUAAUCCACAAAGGUUACUUUGGUGUUUUUAGGUACUUUUUACCUUUUUCAAUCGAGUCCUAACCAAUUUAUUGGUAUUAAAAUCAAUCAACCCUAUUUAAUCAAAUUGAUUUUAAGCUGAUUCCUUUCCGUCGUUUCCAAAUGUCGAAGCUCACAGUUUAUUAGGAAAAUCUGUAACUGGUCAGCCUGUAAAAUCAACAAGUCGUUUUGACAAUUAUUUAAUUUGAUUAGAGACAAUUUAUUUUUUAUUUUGAUCUGCUUGUGAUGUUAAAGAUUAACUUCCAUGCCCCUGGAUUGCAAAUCUUUGGUAAUUCUAAGCUGAUUCCAUUCCACCGUUUCGAAAUGUCGAAGCUCACAGUUGAUGAGGCAGCCCUGGUCGGCAUGCUGAUCCCUGGUCAAUAAUGACAAUCCUGUAAAUGGUCAGUCUGAUAAAUCAACAAGUGUCUUUGACAUUUAUGACGUUUGGAGGUUAAGUUUAUUUUUGAUUUCCUGAGCUUGUGUCGUGAAAGAUGAACUUUACGGAUAAUGAUGAAUCGAUGCCCCUCGACUUAUCGCUGCGCCGUCCAGUGGGAAGAGCUCCGGCGGAGGAUGGCAAGGUGAUUUUCUACGCCCCGCCCGCCAGCGCCAGUGGAUCGCCCCGCCAGCCGGAGCCGGUGACCUUGAAGCGGGAGCGGGACAGGGAGCGUGAGAGGGAGAGGGAGAGAGAGCAGGAUAGGGAGCGGGACAGAGUGAGGACAGAGCAACAAGUGGCCGCCUCGAUUUACCGCGGUCGCAGUGUCGAGGAAACGGAAGCGGCCCACGAUUUGCUCUCCCUCUCGCAGAGCCUGCCGCCCCUGAUCCCGCCCUGCGUGGUGACCAUCAUGAAGCAGGAACAGGAGCAGCAGCUCCGCUCCCCGGAAAUCCACGAGAUAUCGAACAGCGCUUCCAGCCGAUCGCCCCAGUCGACCAUCCGGUUCAUAGGCAGCAGCUCCUACGACCUGAUGAACGGCUCCUCGGAGGCGGCCAACAACUGCUCGCCCCUGACGCCGCCGAACUCGGACCACAGCUCCGACGUGGACAUAGACAUGUCUUCCUCCUCCGAAUCGGGCCUGCAGCAGUGGGGCAAGCCGCAGAAUCAGCAACGGGCCUCGGCCCUCAAGAUGUGCCUCAACAUGCUGGAUGGCCGGACCAAGGCGAGCCGGGCGGCCAAUGUGGGCAAGCAGGAGAGGGACAAACAGGAGGACAAACUGGUGCAGCAGCCGCGGCCCAAGAGUGCCCAGAGCAAUGCCUCCUCCUCGGGCGGUAAUACGGUGGCAUCGGAACCCCCUGAGGCACCAACAGCCACUGGCUCCUCGGGCAGUGGGGAGAACUAUGCCAAGCGGAAGAGGGGCUGCUACAAGUGCUGCGAGUGUGGCAAGCAGUAUGCCACCUCCUCGAAUCUCUCACGCCACAAGCAGACGCACCGCUCCCUGGACUCGCAGUCGGCCAAGAAGUGCAAUACCUGUGGCAAGGCCUAUGUGUCCAUGCCCGCCCUGGCCAUGCACUUGCUCACGCACAAGCUUUCGCACAGCUGCGACAUUUGCGGUAAACUCUUCUCGCGGCCUUGGCUGCUCCAAGGUCACCUGCGAUCCCACACCGGCGAGAAGCCCUAUGCCUGUGUGCAUUGCGGCAAAGCCUUCGCCGAUCGCUCCAAUCUGCGGGCUCACAUGCAAACCCAUUCGGGGGACAAGAACUUCAAGUGCCAUCGCUGCAACAAGACCUUUGCCCUCAAAUCGUACCUCAACAAGCAUCUGGAAUCGGCCUGUCUGCGGGACACAGGGGCCAUUGAUCAGGGCAAGGGCUUGGGCGAGGAUGAGGAUGAUCUGGAGGGCGACGAUCUACUGGACAGCGAUGAGAACAGCCAAGACAUUGUGGUGGCCUAGGAACUCGGACAAGCAACCAUCUCCUGCCCGCAACUAUGAUACUUUACACCAGAACCCUAUAAGCAAUACUCGAGCACCCUUAUCAAAUUAAUACUAAAAACAAAAAAAAAAAACUAAAUAAGAAUUAAAAACAAACAAAAUCUAGUCUAGAAUUCGGCUUAUACUAGCGGAGUAGUACGUUAAACAGAAGGCAAGAUGAUGAUGAUGAAAACUGGAUCUCAACUCAAUAGAAUCUUCUUCAAGCAGUUAUAUACACACACUUAUAUAUCUACUCACUUAUAAUCUCUCUGAACUUUCCCCAAAAAAUCUCUCCAAGUUGCAACUUUUACGGAACGUAGAUUGUGGGAGGCAAAAGAAACAAAGCAAAAAACAAAAGGUUUGAGAAGGAAAUCCAAAACGUAACUUAUAGUAAAAAUCUGACACAACGAAUAUUAUGGAACAUAAGUAGAAAUUCUAUAUAUACACAGAUCAAAUAAGCAUUAUAUACAGAAGAAGGAUGAGGAGGAGGAGCGAAAAAGAAGAAAUAUGAAGGGAAUGGCAAAUUAUAUGUAUACAUAUGAACUAAAUGAUUAAUACCUAGCGAGCAGAACCAAUUUGCAUGUUUUUUGGUAAAUAUCUACUUUUAGGCAUCGUUUUAGGGCUCUAGAGUUUAUAUACACCCCCAGCAACACACUCACCACUAACCCCCACUCACCUAGAUAUUUAGUCCGAGUCGGAGCUCAGUUCAAGUCUUAGCAAACUAAUCAAUUAGUGAACUUAUAGCACUUCCCGCAACUCCCUAUAUAUCUCACUUUCUCUCGCUCUUAGACUCUUUUUAACCAAUAACUCAAUGAUCAAGUUUAGCAAUCGGAAACCGGAUAUACAUAUAUAGUGACGAUCGAUGAGGGCUGAACCAUUUUAACCGCUGCGGCAACUUUACACUCUAACCAAGUUUAAGAUGAGAUUACUUCCAUAUUAUGCUCUAACUCGAUAAACAGAAAACUACUUCAAUUACUUAGAAAUGAUUAAAAUUAAUGAGAAAACAAUUUAGAAACAUAUCACAAGGACAAUACUUAACAUAAAUAAAUACAUUCAAAGUAUGGAAGGAAAGUGUGUGGAUGAUGGAAGAAGCGACCCAAUUAAGACCCCAAUUCUCAUACACAAGCAACAAAGUACUUACGAAAUAGUUAUUUUAUUACUAGCAUUAGAACCCCAUGAUGAUUCGUGUACAUACAUAUACAUAAUUGCAAGUUUAAAAACAAUUUUAUACAAGAAACUACCCCCGUACCCGCGACCCCUCGAGCUUUGGCCCAGCCAAAGGUUUCCAAAAACAAAAAGGAUAUACUCCAAGAAAGGAUAUGCUCGCAUGUAGAUGCGAGUAUCCUUGAAGUUCUGGGAAGUCGAAAUAAGUUGACGAAACGAUGAUGAUAGACGUAGAAGACGCACUUGUAAAACAAAUGAUAACUAAAAGCAAUUCCAAAGUUAAGUGACAUAGUUUUUAACGAACAAAAAAAAACCAAAAAAUACAAAAACUUGUAAUUCUAUUUAAAACCAAAAAUCGAGAACUAUUGAUAUAUACACAAAACAUGUAUUUAUUUUACGCGUAGUUUUUAUUCCGAAACCAUAACCAAAAAUGGCAAACAAAAAACCGAAAGAGUAAACUUGAAAACAAUUUAAUUAAAUUGUCAAUUACAAUUAUUUCAUAAUUUAGAAAUUGAAAUGAACGAGGCGAACGGCGAUAGAGGUUAUUUUUUAAAGCAUAUAUAUACACAUGAAUAUAUUACAAAAUAAAUAAAUAUAUUUAAAAGAGGCAGUUUUAUAUCGAAAUUAAUAAUAGUAAAUGCAAAGUAACAACAAAAUAUUGAAAACCAUUCGAACUUAAUUAUACAACGAGCAAGAAACCAUUAAUUAUAAACCCCGCCCCCUCCACACACACACUCACACAUACGCCCACAAUUUUAUAGCAACAAUGCAGAUUAUUACAUCGUACUCUACAUACGUGCGCGCCAUGUAGAUAACCAAGUAGCGCCGCAUGUCGCAAGUAAAAAAGCAGAAAAUUCUGAAAAAGCUGAAAAAAAGCAGAAUAUCGGGGCAGAUUUAGAAUUUAGACCAGAGAGUGCUAUGCGCAUUGUUUAUAGGGCCAUAGUUCGAAAUCGUGUUUAUGCAUGGCUUUAUUGAUGAUUAUUGAUAGCGUUUUAAAUAGCAUUAAAUGCCUAUAUACACAUAAGCAAACUAAAAAAAAAAAAAAACAAACAAAAAACCGAAGAAAAUCUGAAAAAAAACGUAUAUAAGAAAUUCCAUUGAACAGUAGUGGUAACAAUUAUGUGAUUUGCAAUUUUACAUUCAAAAUAUAUAUGAAAUAAUUACGAAUAUAAAUAGAUUAUAUAUUGAGGCGAGCGUUUAAUUGAUUUAUUUAUGAGUAAGAUUUAUUUAUACACAUUAUACACCACAAAAAAAAAUCGAGAAACAAACAAAAUGACAAAAAAGUAAAAAUAAGCAGAACGUGGAUGGAUUAAGUAGAGGCGAAGCAAAAAAUAUUUUUACACAGAAACCUUGUUUUAUACACGCGGCAAAUUGAAUCCCAAAAUCGUAAAACCCCAAGCCACACCUGCAAAAAUUAAUUAGAGCCCCACUGAAACACUUUUAAAACAGACGUGCAGCUGUGCUCCCGAUUUCACUUUUUUAUUUAAUUUUUAAAAUAUUGAAAAAAUAAAUAUUGAAAAAAAAAAAAUAAAUAAAUGCUUCCUUCUUUGAUUCACGACGUACUUUUAUCAGACUUGAACUUUAAUAAGAAAGGGAAAUCGAGAACUCGAGCUGUUAAACACCGACACCAAUAAUUUCAAGUUCAAUGACACCAAUUCAAUCUUUAUUAUUAUACAAUAAAUGAAAGGGCGGCAGAAAUCGAACAUGGUGAGAUAUUUUAUAAAAUGAACGAUUAAUAACGUAAAGAUAUUAAUUUAUAUAUUCAUAUAUUAGAGAUGCAAAAAGACUUGAACAGUUAUAUACAUUUAAAAUUGCAAUAUAUUGUAUACUUCAUCAAAAAAAUUAUAUACAUACAUACCGGCAUAUAUAUGCAACCACGUAUAUAAGUAAACAUAUUUAACUUAUUUAUAUAAAUGCUUACAGCGAACCGUAAACAUAUACAUCAUAAACCGAAUCUCAAUUUUUCCAAUGCAAGACGAAUAGGAAUCCCUCAAGUACAUAACUCAAGAUCAAUUCAAGUAUAUACUCAAUGACCAGGAAUAUAUAGCUAAAAAGAUAUAUAAUUAAUACUACUAAGUAUGCAAUACAAUGCCACGCCCACUUCCUGGAUGGCAGGCAGCGAUUUUAAGGCGCUGCCCGUAGGUGAUUUCACAGAUUUUUCCUUUUGAUACUUAGCAUUUGUUCUUGUUCUACUUUUAGUUAGAGAAUGUUCAACUAGUUUCAGCUUUCGUAGGAGUUAAAUAAUCGACUUUAAAGAAUGUGACACACACACAAAACAGCAACAACAGCAAAAACAAGAACACCUAGAUGAACAGCAGCUAUACUAAUCUAAUAACCCCGUAACCCCCGCACACACACGCUCUAUUAGACACUAACCGACAUUCUACAGACAUACCCACAUGCAUAACCGUGCGAUUUUAUGGCAAAUAUGUAGAGCAUAUAACCUAUUAUAUCCCAAAGAAAGCUAAUCCAUUCUUAAAUUAAUAUACACGCGAGUAACCGGAGAAAGCGAAGCGAAUAGAAUCGAAUCGAGAGGAAUCACAGAAGAAUUCAUUAUGGAAAUACGUGACAACAAACAAAAAAUGAAACAAACAAAGUAAAACCAAACCAUAACAAGAUCCAAAAAAAAAACGCAUGCCACGAUUGAGACGAAGGAAUAUAAAUUAGAAUCAUAGUUAUUAAAGCUACACCCACACACUAGUGCAGCCAUGUAACUAUUUUUAGAGCCUCGGAAAUAAACAUACAUAAAAUACAUAAAAAUAU